UUGUGGCAAGUUCCCUUCUAUUCAGCCUCUUCCGAUAAAAUAACGUUUAAAUUAUAGACCUGUGAUUAAUCGGAGGCGCUGCGACGGUAACCGGAACGAACCGAACCGUGAAUCAGCAGAACCUCCCCCGGUGACCGAACCCUAACCCGCUGAGGCUAAUCAGCUCCGUCGAUCCUCUGCAUCUGAUCACUUAUCGAUUCAGUUAUCAGCCGUAUCGGAGGCUUAUCGGCUCCAUUCCUCCUCCAUUCUCCGGGUCUCCUUAUCGGCGGGAAGAUGCUCCGUGUUCGGGCGGCGGUGUGUCGGUCCUGGAGGCGGUUCCAGACAUCGUCCUGUGCAGCCGUGGAGGUGAAGAAUGAGCCGAUCCUCGGAUUCACUGAGGGAAGUUCAGAGAGAAAAGAACUGCUGCAGGUGUUGAACAGCCUGAAGGGGGCGACGGAGGAGAUUCCCUGUGUGGUUGGAGACGAACAUGUUUGGACCAAAGACAUCAGAUAUCAGCUGUCGCCCUUCAAUCAUUCCCAUAAAGUGGCUAAGUUCUGCUAUGCUGAUAAGGAGCUGAUCAAUAAAGCCAUCGAGGCAUCGGUGGCAGCCAGGAGAGAAUGGGACCUGAAGCCGGUCCAGGACAGAGCCCAGGUUCUGUUCAAAGCAGCCGACAUCAUUAGUGGACCGAAGAGGGCCGAGGUCCUGGCCAAGACCAUGAUAGGACAGGGGAAGACGGUGGUCCAGGCUGAGAUCGAUGCUGCUGCUGAACUGAUCGACUUCUUCAGGUUUAACGCCAAACACGCCAUUGAACUGCAGAACCAGCAGCCGCUGGACGCUGCUGAGAGCACCAACACCAUGCUGUACCGGGGCCUGGAGGGUUUCGUUGCUGCUGUGGCUCCGUUUAACUUCACUGCGAUCGGAGGAAACUUGGCAGGAACUCCAGCUGUGAUGGGGAACGUGGUUCUGUGGAAGCCCAGUGACACCGCCAUGUCUGCCAGCUACGCCGUCUACAGAGUCCUGAGGGAGUCCGGUCUGCCGCCAAACAUCAUCCAGUUCCUCCCGGCCGACGGUCCGGUUUUUGGAGACGCGGUCACCUCCUCGGAGCACCUGGCCGGCAUCAACUUCACCGGCAGUGUUCCGACCUUCAAGCGUCUGUGGAAGCAGGUCGCCCAGAACGUGGACACCUACAGAACCUUCCCUCGGCUGGCAGGAGAAUGCGGAGGGAAGAACUUCCACUUCGUCCACUCGUCUGCCGACAUCCAGAGCGUCGUCAUGGGAACCAUCCGCUCAGCCUUUGAGUUCGGAGGUCAGAAAUGUUCAGCCUGUUCCAGGAUGUACGUCCCCGACAGCCUGUGGCCCCAGAUCAGACAGAAGAUGGUGGACGUCCUCAGAGAUGUCAGAGUGGGAGACCCGGUGGAGGACUUCGGCACCUUCUUCUCUGCUGUGAUCGACGACAAGUCCUUUGCUCGGAUAAAGAGGUGGCUGGAACACGCCAAGUCUUCUCCAAACCUGACGGUGAUCUCUGGAGGAACCUGUGACGACUCCAAGGGUUACUUUGUGGAACCGACCAUUGUCGAGACCCGAGACCCUCAGGAUGCCAUCAUGAACGAGGAGAUCUUCGGGCCGGUCCUCACUGUCUACGUCUAUCCAGAGAAGGACUACCAGAAGGUUCUGCAGCUGAUCGACAGAACAUCUCCGUACGCUCUGACUGGAGCCGUGUUCGCUAAGGACCAGAAGGUGAUCAGCGAUGCGGCCGAAGCUCUGAGGAACGCUGCAGGAAACUACUACGUCAACGACAAGUCCACCGGCUCCAUCGUGGCCCAGCAGCCGUUUGGAGGCGCAAGAGCUUCAGGCACCAACGACAAACCUGGAGGUCCACAUUAUGUCCUGAGGUGGACAUCUCCUCAGGUGGUGAAGGAGACUCAUGUCCCCCUGACAGAGUGGAAGUACCCCUACAUGGGCUGAGGAGGUCCAGAGGAGGUCCAGAGGAGGUCCAGAGGAGGUCCAGAGGAGGUCCAGAGGAGGUCCAGAGGAGCUCCAGAGGAGCUCCAGAGGAGGUCCAGAGGAGCUCCAGAAGGUUACCCUGACCUGAAGCAGUCCUUCUAUCCUCCAUCCGUCCCUCAGCAGAUGGUUUCUUCUUAGAUUUCUCUGAGACUCUUUGCACUGAACCUGGACGUCCUCCAUGAUCAGAUCUAAACAUCUAAACACUGGUUCCAUCCAUCACUGACUAAAGGUCUAUCGCUGCUGUUCUCACACAAACUGCUGCUGUUCAAAUAGAAAUAGUUUAAUUAUUAAUCUGCUAUCGAUCAAUCAGUGAUAGCUGAUCAAUGAUUUAGAUGAUUUCUGUUUUUAUUCUGUCUUCCAUCAGAACAAUCAGGAGCGCUGAUUUUAAAAUUCAUUAAUGAAAAGCCGCCACAUUCAUCAGUAACUCAUCAGAAGCCAGGUCCUGUCCUCUGACUGUUCAGGAAUCAAUAAUCUGUCGUGUUUCUGAUCAGUUAAUUGAUUUCCAGAUGAAUGAAUCAGAUUAAUGGUAGCUGGAGUAAAAUCCUGAUUUUAUUUGUUCCAGACGAAGAAUUUAAAACUUUAGCCUGAACUGAUGAAGAGUUUCGUUCCUGAAUCUGUCCUGAUCCAAAGUUGAUCUAACGUUGAUCUACGUUGAUCUAAUGUUAGUCCAACGUUCUUGUCGUGUCUCCUAGUUUUCUGGCAGCAGUUUGUAGGUUUUUGAAUGUUUCAGGUGAUGUAAUAUAUUUUCAGACCGCUCCUGCCUUAGUAACUGUAAAUUCUGAUCAAUAAUUUUUGACAAUAAAUAUUAAAUUAUUAAAAUCUAA